UUAUUUCCCUUCCGCUUUUACUUUCUUUCUUUUUCUUCCGCCAUUUCCAUCUCUCUCCGAGCUCAGCUUCGAGCUUCACCUCUCGCGGCGGCCGUUUCCUCCUCCCCGGAUCCCCGCCUCGUUCAUCCAACCCUCGACGCGCACCUCAGACCUCAUUCCAUUCAGCCGUUCCCAAGCACGCCACCCUUCAAUCAUACUCGUCCCCGCCCUCCCCUCGCCUGUGCCGGCGUGGGGUGGAGAUCCGUCCGGACUUGGAUUGAUUUCUUCAUAUUUUCUCGCAUGUUUCUUGAAGAAGCAUUCUGCGGCGUGUCAAAAUAGAAGCUGAAGAUACUAAACAUCUGGAUUCAGCACAUACCAUUUUGGCGGUUUGGUGUUCUGGAUCAGAUUUGCUGCAAGAUUCCAAUUCAUGGUGUCUGGAUGAGCAGCUGAAAUGCUAUUGGCUGUGGAGGGAGGAGGUUUUUUCUCGUCGUCAGCAUCAGGAUAUAGCCAUGGCCUUGCUCUCUUGCUGCUUGGACGGAAAGGUGAAGAUAAGCGUGACAAGGCAUCACCAUGCAGUCAUUGCCAACUAGUUGGUCAAGAAGCUGAGCAGGACUGCCAAGUUCCUUCAGGGACAAAUGAUGUUCCUGGUAAAUGUGCUUCCUUUAUCUGCUUUGGCUGCACCCCUGCUAGGCUUGUGGGGGCAUCUCCUCCGAAAUUGAGUUCAAGCAACACACCUGGGAACUCAUCAGAACAAUCGUCCAUUUCAACAAAUGGGACUGCAGCUACUAAUGGUUCCAUCAAUGGAAGUGGGAGAAAAGGUUGUCUUAAGAUCAACCAGAAAAGGGAUUCUUCUGGGCGUUCCAUAUUGAGUUAUGGCGAGGAGCUACGUGAGUCGCUGGAAGAGGUGCAAGCCUUGAAAUCUGGUAUGGAACGGAGAAAAGUUCAGUGGACUGACACCUGUGGCAAGGAACUUUUUGAGAUAAGAGAAUUCGAAGUCAGCGAUGACGGUCUGUCAGAGGAUGACCUAGAAAAUGAGGGUUUCAGGAAAUGCGAGUGUGUGAUUCAGUAAUCUUCACGUCUGCAAAGUGCCUUUGGCCAAGAGAGUGCUUCAUGGGAUCUUGAAGUUCUGAUUGGUGUGAUCAUGACAAGAUGCACAGGCUACUAGCUUCCUGCCGAUCAAUUGAUACUCAAGGAUGGAUCUGGGACAUAUAUUAUUAUUUUGUACUACCUUGGUUCUCAUGUUCAGUUAGUGCACAUAAUAUUUAGGGCUACAAUUUUGUCAUGGUUGACAACUUCUAUUCGUUUCACUUUCUCCUCUAACAUAUUCUCCCUUUUCCUAUUUCUUGGGUGUCCUGCUGUGCUAUCUUGUUUUGUGCCAUAUGUAACUGUUCAUUUUCCCCAUAGCUGAGGGUGUUGUUUUCUUGUUACCGUAUAA